AUGACCUCUAUCCGCGUGGUUGACCUUGACAACGGCGACGUCGUUCUCGGCUACGUCAACAUGACUCUGAACGAGUACGGGGAAUACGGGAUCGCCACCGACGUCGUUGGGGCGCUCGGAAUCACACUCCCGGCGAAUGGCCUCGUACCGUCCGACCUCGCUAUCACCGGUGCGUUCCCCGCCCUCGGCGGCGUGGUCGGGCUUUCUUCAAGCUCGAGCAACCUCGGGUCUGGCUCGUACAACUUCGUCUACCUCGCCGGCACCCCCAACGUCCCCGCAGGCCCCGCGGUCGCAAACCAGCCAAGCUCGGUCAACACCGCGACCGGGCUACAGACCGCGGUUUCGAGCGCGUUCUGGACUUACGACGCUAUAACCGGGCUCCUCUCUGCGCACUGGGUCAACACCGACGGCAGUGAUCCGGUGACGGAGUUCGUCUACUACAUGCCCGAUAACGUGAUCUGUCUGACAGGCGACGUGAACGCCUUUCGUAACUACUUUGGCGAGGGAAGUCGCGUCGCGCUUCAAGUCAUGGAGCUUCCAAACACCUCUUAA